UAAAUGUAGGCAGCCGAGUCGUUGGCCGUACAGUUUAAAUAUUUUACUGCGACUUGAAAGAUUACCUAUUCAGCCAUGUUCAAGCAUCUGAUCGUUUGCCUAGCACUCUGCUCAUUGGCCUAUGCCACCGAAUGGGUGCCAAAAACAGCUGAGGAAAUCAAGACAAUUCGUGGCGAAUGCCUCACACAGCAUCCAUUGAAAGCAGAGCAGAUCGCCAAGCUGAAGCAAGUGGAGUUCCCCGAUGAGCCUGAGGUGCGUCAAUAUUUGCUGUGCACUGCCUUGAAGCUGGAUAUCUUCUGCACCUUCGAGGGUUAUCAUGCCGAUCGUCUGGCCAAACAGUUCAAGAUGGAUCUGAGCGAGGAGGAAGCACUGCAAAUCGCUCAGGGCUGUGUGGAUAGCAACGAGCAAAAGAGCAGUUCCGAUGAGUGGGCAUUCCGUGGUCACAAGUGUCUGAUGUCCAGCAAAAUUGGCGAUCGUGUUAGAUCUUACAUUAAGGCCCGACAGGCUGAGGCUGCUGCCAAGGCAUAAAACGUAAAUAAACUUUGUGUUUUUUUGUGAUUGAA